CGUCUACCAACUGCAUAACCUCCAUCCAUCCACCGCCUCUUGGCCACACUGUCUUUCUUGCAUCUUCUGGUUACCUUUUGGCUCCCCUCCCAACAGCAACCCUGAUACCUCAGGUGCCCAGCUUAGUACCAUGCUCGAGCUCGCUAUAGCAGAAGCAUACCGCCCGCUCCCACGCCCACCAUCAACGCGACCGCCAUCAUUCGCAACGAACCCCAGCACCAGAGCGUCAGCUUUCUCAUUACGUUCGCGCCCCUCAUCUGCGCUGUCGAGAAACCCAAGCACUACCUCCCAUCCACGGUCGUUUCGAAACUUCAUAGCCCGGCGCAAGAGGCCGGACUCGGUGCUCAGCGAGAGGACAGAAGUGCCAGAGGAUGCAGCGAGGAGCGAUUCAGUGCUUAAUUCGACGAUGGAGGUACCAGAAACCCACGCCGUGGAGGUAUCUAUGACACCGUUCAGAGAGUUGCCGGGGCUGCCGCCGAAAGUUGCUUUGCCGCCGCAGGAAGAGCUUGAGGAGUUUGACGUGGUUUUGCAGGAGGCUGUUGAUGACCUCCAGACUGCCUCUUUACUUUUGGGCCGCGACUUGGCGACUAUGGCACUGGGUCACCUUGCCUAUGUGGCGGAUAUAGCGGCGUGUAUAGCGACGGAUUGGCCUGAGUUCUGGGGUAUGCUCCUGCAUGCCGCGAUGUUGAUUAGCAGUGUACUGCCGGCCUGGAAUGCUUCUGCGAAGAACAUGCUGGUAAGGAGUUUGGCGCAAGUUGCUAGGCGGUGGAACGAAGAGCAAAGUCGAGGUGGCGGGAGUCGAAGCACAGCGGAGCUUGCUCGAAUAGCGGGCGGGGCAUUUGACGAGUCUAUACAGGUGUGGAGGUCCUUGGACGACAAGUUAGGCGUUGCGUUCGCGCAGUGGAUGCGCAAGUACUGUGAAGGUCUCCAGACGCGGGUAAUGUCGAAGACGGAAUCAAGGGCUGACUCGAUGUGUCCGCACCCUACUGCAGAAGUUGGCGAGACGGAAGGAAAGGAUGGUGCGACACUGCGUAUACUCACGCUCAGCACCUCACCUGCCGUUCUCGCCGCUCUGUCGUACGCACUCUCCUCCAACCCACAACUCACGAUCGACCUCUCCAUUCUCUCCUCUUCCAACAAGCAUUUGCUUUCGACAUCGUCAGACUCCCGGGUGCACAUCACCACAAAUCCCACCCACGCGGUCGGCACAGCAAGUCAGAAGGUUGACAUCCUUCUCCUAGAAGCGGACUGCAUUGACUCUCAGGGAGACGUACGAAGCAACAAAGGUGCGCUCGGCACUGCUGUGUGCGUCAAAACGCUGUCUCCGAGCGCGAAGGCCGUUGUUAUGAGUGGUGUCGACAGCAUCACGUCAGCAACAACGAUAGAGGGAUUCGCUUCUGGAGGAGAUGUCGGUGUUGCUGCGCAGUCAUUUGAGAUGGUGCCUGCGCGGUUUGUGGAUGUGUAUAUCGCUGAGACGGGUGCGCCGGGGGUUAGUGAUUUGGCGAGGCUGGCAAAGGAGGCUGAUGAGCUGGAACGGUAUAUCUUUGGGGAGCAUAUUGACUGAGGGCUUCAUCUGGGCCUGGACUGACUUCUGGACUUCUGGACGCUGUCAGCUUGGGUUGACUUCUUAUGCCUCCACUUGCUUUGGAACAUUGGAUUUGGAAACGAGGAUUUGACUUCUGGGAAAGGUUCAUCUGGAUAUGCCCCGGCAACGCCAUCCUUGGAGCCUGUGAGCCAAAGCUCGUGUAGGCUGCCACAAU